AGCUCCCGCCCCAGCCUGCGGUCCUCCGGAGUGGCGGUGCGGCGGGAGCGGCACAGCAGAGGGGACAAGACCAGGGUAGGAGGAAACUGGCCGGCUGGGAGAGACCCGUACACCAUCAAGAUGCUGUCCUGGCGGCUGCAAACGGGCUCCGAGAAGGCCGAGCUGCAGGAGCUCAACGCCCGGCUGUACGACUACGUGUGCCGGGUACGGGAGCUGGAGCGCGAAAACCUGCUCCUGGAGGAGGAGCUGCGCGGCCGGCAUGGGUAUGAGGGCCUGUGGGCCGAGGCGCAAGCCCGCUUCGCCAAGGAGGCGCGCAGCCUGCGGCAGCACCUAGACGAACUGAGCUGGGCCGCAGCGCUGGCCGAGGGCGAGCGCGACGCGCUGCGGCGCGAGCUGCGGGAGCUGCAGCUGCUGGGCGAGGAGGCACGAGCAGCCCGCGGCCGCCUGGACGCCGAGCUGGACGCGCAGCGGCGGGAGCUGCAGGAGGAGUUGGGCGCGCGCGCCGCCCUUGAGGCGUUGCUGGGCCGGCUUCAGGCCGAGCGCCGCGGCCUAGGCGAGGCCCACGAACGCGACGUGCGGGAGCUGCGCGCGCGCGCCGCCGGCCUGACCCUGCGCUACCGCGCCCGCGCCGCCGGCCCCACCGCGCCCCCACCGCGCAUGCGGGAGGUCUACGACGGCUACGCGCUGCUUGUGGCCGAGUCGUGGCGGGAGACCGUGCAGCUGUACGAGGACGAAGUGCGCGAGCUGGAGGAGGCGCUGCGGCGCGGCCAGGAUAGCCGGCGCGAGGCCGAGGAGGAGACGCGGCUGUGCGCGCAGGAGGCGGAGGCGCUGCGGCGUGAGGCGCUCGAGUUGGAGCAGCUGCGGGCGCUGCUGGAGGAUGAGCUGCUGCGGGUGCGCGAGGCGUACGAGCUGCAGGCAGAGGAGCGGCAGAGAGAGAUCGCCUGCCUGGAGGAUGAGAAGGCAGCCCUUACCUUGGCCAUGGCUGACCGGCUGCGGGACUAUCAGGAGCUCGUGCAGGUGAAGACUAGCCUCAGUCUGGAGGUGGCAACCUAUAGAGCCUUACUGGAAGGAGAAAGUAAUCCGGAGAUACAGAUCUUGACUGAGCGCAUUGAAAAUGUGCCACAAGAAUUCAGAAACAAGCCCUAUCAAUAUACCACCUCAGUAUUACAGAGGGAAAACGAAAGAAAUCUGUUUCCAAGGCAGAAAGCACAUUCGGCGAGCUUCAAUCACAGCCUGGUGCCACGUUCUCAGACGGCUGUUAGAAGCGCUGCCAGAAGAGACUUCCUGGGCUCCAGAUACUCUUCCUUUAUCACUGCCCAGCAGGAAAACUCUUAUGAAAAAACUGCCAGCAGUCAAACCAACUUCAGAAAUUUCUCUCCAACCCCUGGUCUUUUAAGAAAUACUGAAGCUCAAGUCAAAACAUUCCCUGAUAGACCAAGAACUGAAGGUAUAAAGGGCGCCCCCACUAGUUUAGCCAAAGAGUCCGCCGUUGCCCAAGAGUCCUACCAAGAACGCCAGGACAGUGUGGUGGCAGGUGCUCCCGAGAGCACUUGGUCAAAUGAGAGGACCGUCAUUUUGGGAAAGAAAAUGGAAGCUAAAGCCACAAGGGAGCAGGAGAGAAACAGACCGAGAACCAUCCAAACAAAGCGAGAAGAGAAAAUGUUUGAUUCUAAAGAGAAGGCUUCAGAGGAGAGAAACUUAAGGUGGGAAGAACUUACAAAGUUAGAUAAAGAAGCAAGAAAGAGAGAAAGCCAGCAAAUGAAGGAAAAGGCAAGAGAGGAGUCACUGAAGGAGAAGCGUGUGAGGGAGAGCGAGAUACCGAUCAGUCUAGAAGUAUCCCAGGACAGCACAGCAGAGGCGGCCCCCCAGGGUCUCCAGACACCCCUAAAGAAGGACGCUGGUGAUGGAGCACGUAGAGGGGUGGAAACGAGAGAGGCAGGGCUCAGGCUGGGCACCAGCGACACUGCAGGCUCUCUGAAAGGUAAUUCCAUGACCGAAACCAUAGCUGAGAACAUCGUUUCCAGUAUCCUGAAACAGUUUACCCACUCUCCCGAGACAGAAGCAUCUGCUGAUUCUUUUCCAGACACAAAAGUCACUUACGUGGACAGGAAAGAGCUUCCCGGUGACAGGAAAACGAAGACUGAGAUAGUCGUGGAGUCAAAACUGACUGAAGAGGUGGACAUUUCAGAUGAAGCUGGCCUGGACUACCUGUUAAGCAAGGAGGCUAAGGAGGUGAAGCUGAAAGGAAAAUCAGCUGAGCAUUUGAUCGGAGAUAUAAUCAGUCUUGGUCUGAAGGGGAGAGAGGGGAGAGCAAAGGUCGUCAACGUGGAGAUCAUCGAAGAGCCCGUGAGCUAUGUCAGUGGCGAGAAGGCGGAUGAGUUUUCUACACCAUUCGAAGUGGAGGAGGUCGAUGACGUGUCUUCGGGCUCCAAGGGGCUUGUUGAGGAGGAAGUUUACAAAGAAACAGAUAUCACGUGCCCAGGGAAUGAAGGUCAAAAGACCAGGCAGCCCCAAGAGAACAUAACUCACUUUGAAGAAGUGACGGAGGCAGGUGACUUGGAGGGAGAGCAGAGUUAUUUGGUGUCGACUCCGGACGAAUACCCUGGUGGCCAUGAGAGAGAUGAAGGCCCUGUGUACGGGCAGAUCCACAUCGAAGAGGAAUCCACCAUCAGGUAUUCCUGGCAAGAUGAAAUUGUGCCAGGGUCUCGGAGAAGAAUGGAGAGAGAUGAUGCUUUGGGAGAGAAGGUUGUGAAGCCACUGGAUGUUCCAGAAGCAUCUCUGGAGGGGGACAUGGGUUCUACUCACUGGAAAGGACAAGCGAGAAGUGGUGAAUUUCAUGCUGAACCCAUAGUCAUUGAAAAGGAAAUUAAAAUACCACAUGAAUUCCACGCAUCCAUUAAGGGAGGCUUCAAGGAGCCCAGGCACCAGCUGGUGGAAGUGAUUGAGCAGCUGGAGGAGAGCCUUCCAGAGCGCAUGAAGGAAGAGCUGUCCACCUUCACCAGAGAGGGUCAGGGCGGGCCCGGGGGUGGUUCCGUUGAUGUAAAGAAAGUCCAGACCGCGGGUGGCGGGGCUGUGACCUUAGUGGCCGAAGUCAGCCUCUUGCAGACGGUGGAUGCCGAUCAGUUAGACCUGGAGGAGCUGAGCAGGGAUGAAGCGGGUGAGAUCGAGAAGGCCGUGGAGUCGGUGGUACGAGACGGCCUGGCUAGGCGGCACAGGCUGGCCCCUGGCAGCCCAGAUGGGGAGGCCAGAACGGACGCCCCGGCUGCUAGCCGCGGCUUCAAGCGCUGGGCCACCCAGGAGCUGUACAGGCCCUCUGGUGAGGAGGCCGACGCCGGCCGGGCCUCUCCCCGCACAGAGCUGGUCACUUCCCAGGGCCCCGUGUCGGCCUCCGUGGAAGUCACCAGCCCAAGGGGCUUUGCCCAGUCACAUGUGCUGGAGGAUGUUAGUCAGUCUGUGAGGCACGUUCAAAUAGAGCCCCCUGGAACUUGGAGGACUGAGCAAGUCUCACCUGAAGGACCCGCCGCCCAGGUGGUGGAGAUAAGUGGGGAAGGUGACCUGAGUUGGGCAGCAAGCUCGGCGGGAGCCAGCUUGUCUGCAAGGCAUCUUACGUUGGGUCCUGAUCAAAGUCAAUUGUCCAAAGAAGUCUUCUUCCCAGGGCCUGACCCUCCCUGUCCGGGGGCCGGGGACUCAGAAGAGCCUGGCCCGGCAGAGGUUUCCACAGAUCCUGACAGAUCGGGGAGGCACAGCCCAUUUGGCUCCCAACAAUUUCAUUCUAAGAGGGAAAUUAUUUUUCAGGCUCCCGCUUCUGAGGCAGGGAAGGUUGGUGAUUAUUUUUCAGAAGAAGAGUCAGCGGGUACCCAGACUUCUGUGAAGCACCUUCAGUUAGGCCUCAGGGAGGGGUUCAGUGAGCAGAUCCAGCUCACAGCCCCCCUUUCAGACAGAAUGGAGUUGAGUGUCAGAGAAGCUUCUGUGCACACGGAAGUGUGGUCAGGGAAUGGCACAUCCAUCAGGCACAUCAAGACCGUGCCUCAGAGGCAUCAGGGCACCGAGCAGAUAGUUCCCCCACCCUCGGAAUUUAGCGAUUCAGAAAGCAAAGCCUAUGGAGAGGGCUCGGCAGACGUGACCCAGGCCACCCGUAGUUAUGCUGUGGGUAGGAGAAUCCUGAUGACUGAGAAGAGCACCUUCCAGAGGGCUGUUUCUGAAUCGUCUCAGGAGGCUAGUUCAGGAGACACGUCAGGGGCAGAAGCGACAUCAGGUGUGAGCAGUUCCUUUAGGCAUAUCCAGCUGGGUCCUGCAGAAACCAACACCUCUGCACAAGUUGUCUUCCACGGACCCAUUUCCAAAACAUUUGCACUUGCUGGUUCGGUGGACUCCCCUGAGAUAGGCGAGGUCGCAGACAGUGGCAGAACACUAAGGCACGUUGCCCUGGGGCACAAAGAAACUUCGUUUACCUUUCAGAUGGACGUGAGUAACGUAGAGACGACCCCCCGCUGGACCCGAGAGGCCACAGUCCUCUUCCCCGCAGGGACAGAAGCAGAAGCUCAUAGUGUGUCUGACCGUGAUGCUUGGAGAGAUGCCAGCAGUAGGAAUGACCUGGCAGCUGGCGUGAGCUUUCAGGGCUCUGCUGGGGACAAACACCAGGCCCCCGGGGAAAAGGGCAAGGAGCAGGCCGAGUUUGAUAAGAUGGUGCAGCUGCAGAGGAUGGUAGACCAAAGGUCAGUGAUUUCGGAUGAAAAGAAGGUUGCCCUCCUCUAUCUAGACAAUCAGGAGGAGGAGAAUGAGGGACACUGGUUUUGAUAAACAUAUUUUGUUUUAAAUGCCAUCUUAUUGGGUAACAUACGACACACAAAGGCCUUUACUUCCUUUAGGGGAGGGAGGCACACUCUUUAUUAAAACCUUCCCCCUUUUUUACUUACUUUAAAGAGUGCUCCAGGCAAUGUCAAUUUACUUGAUAAUUGUAAAGAUAUCAAACUAAUUCAUGCCUUAAAAGGCUUUGGAAUUUUAUUAAGUUGGAACUUUGAGAAAAAUAUUUUUUAUCUUUUUAGUCUUAAAAGUCCCUUGUUCUGGAGUUUUCUUUCUACUCUACCAUUCUUGCACCAGGUCACAGAAAUGCCUCACAUCUGUUUGAAACUAUAGCUAGGUAAGAUGCCUAAAUGGUAAUGAGAUUAAAGUAAUAUAUUUAAGAGUAAAUUUUAUUUGCAUGUGCUAACAUGAAAUAGUAAACUAACAUUUUAAGGGAAAAAUGAAUACAUUUUUCUCUUUCCAAAGUCUUUU